AUGUUUACUUUUAAAGAAGAAAAGAUGCAGUCUAAACAAAGAACAUUGGUUGGGCAGAGUGGGACACUUUCCCUUGGAGAAGUUAGUGAAGUAAGUCAUAAUAAAUGUAUUGUUAAUCUGUGUCUGUAUAUUAUAUGAUACAUGUAAAAAUUUCACUUUAUGUUUAAAUUUAAAUUCUCUGAAAAUAUUAUUCUAUUAUUAGGUUAAUGAAGUUAACGUGUCUGGUGAGACAAGCACAGUCACAAUCGACUCUGCAUAUCUAGAAAAGGAAAGUAAAAUCUAUGGUCGAAGUGGCAAUUUGGUCGAUUUAUCAGAGUACCAAAAAGCAGUUAAUGAUGCAAGUUUGGAAUUGGCAAAACAAGAUUGUUCAUUGUUGCAAGAUCGAGGAGAGUUGUUUGCCUGUGCAAGAAAGAGAGUUGAUGAUGAAGGCUACAGUUAUAAAAAAAAAGUUUCUCGAUCUACUGCCUUUGGAAAACAGACUACACAAUCAAAACAAACGAAGAAAUGUCAGUACUUGCACAAUGAGAUGAGAAAAGAUAAAAUUCAGGAGUUAUCAGGCGCAAUUCAAAACCAUAAUGAAACUAUUAGUCUUUUGGAAAAACAAAAACAGAAAUAUUCGAAUACAGAAAAGUUCCUGGAAGCUGCAGAAAUUAAUAAGUCAAUUUUGGAAAUUCACCAGGAACGACAGUUAAAAACGAAAGAGUUGGCCAAGUUGGAAAAAGCUGAGACAAAAUCAAGAAAUUCCAAGAAGAGAAAGACUUCAUCUACUGAAAGAAAAUCCAGUAAAUCAGGAGCACUGACAGAAUGGCUAUUCAGUGAUGAUACCUCACUCAAAGAAAAUCCAGUAAAUCAGGAGCAUUGA